UUAUUAGACAAAAUGGCGCUCACAUGUAAACAGAUUCUUUUGAUGCUUGGUAUGCUGGUAACAGGAAGCAUAAAUACUUUGACGAAAAAAGUGCAGCUGCAGUGCAUUUCUGAAGGUUUCCACUAUGAAAACAGCACAUCAUGGGAACCUCACACUUUCAACCAUCCCUGGUUUCAGACAUGGCUCAUGUUUAUAGGUGAAAGCACUUGCCUGAUUGGUCUUUUUCUAUCAAGACACAGAGAAAAAAAAGAAAGAGAACGAGUUGCUGCUUGGUCCGCUCAAGUUGGCCAUGAAGCCCCAGAACAGGUGAAAAAUCCCAGGACCUGGCAGUGGAUUUUACUGGUGCCGACAUGCUGUGAUCUCCUGGGGACAUCUCUAGCAGGUAUUGGGUUGAUCUAUGUGGAUGCUUCUGUCUGGCAAAUGCUCAGGGGCGCCAUCAUUAUUUUUGCUGGGAUCUUGUCUAAAUUUUUUCUAAAACGUAAACUGAAGCCCAUCCACUGGCUGGGGAUGAGUGUGGUGAUGGUCGGCCUGAUACUGGUGGGAUGUUCCAGUGUCUUCAAGAACAAGUCCAGCCAGGGGUCAAAAGCCAUCUUAGGUAUUGUGUUAAUCCUGGCUGGUCAACUUGUCAGUGCAAGUCAAAUGAUUAUAGAAGAAUUGUUUCUUAAGAAAAGGAACUUUCCUCCACUACAGGUUGUUGGAAUGGAAGGAGUUUUCGGCUUUCUGCUGAUGACUUUUAUAAUCCUCCCGUCCAUGUACUUUAUACCUGGCAGUGACGCAGACAACCGCUAUGAGAACAGCCUGGACGCCUUAGUGCAGAUGGGCCACAAUGGCAAGCUCAUGGCCAUGUGUAUCCUCUACCUGUCCUCCAUUGCGUUUUAUAAUUUCUUUGGCCUGGCUGUAACUAGGUCACUUACCGCUGUACACCGCACUUUGAUUGAUGCCUGCAGAACCAUCAUUGUGUGGUUGGCUUCUCUGUUUGUCUAUUACGUUAUUAAUACAGAUUAUGGUGAACCUUUUGACAAGUCUUAUGGGUUACUUCAAGUGGAUGGCUUUGCCUUCCUGUUGAUAGGGACAGCCUUGUACAACCAGCUGAUGGAUGUUCCGUGCAUGCCGUGGUGUACUAAAGAUCCAGAAUCUGAUGAAAUCCCCACAGCAGUUGGGCCAUCAAUACAGAACGUUGAUGACUAUGAAGAGUCCUAUAGCUCAAUGGCUGAUGAAAACUCUACCUUGGUGAAAAAAGGACAGAAACCUACAGUCUACUCAUAAAUCUGCUCCAUUAUUUUAAAGUUGUUUUUUUUUUUUGUAGUUAGUUAUUGUUUUUUUUUCUUACAUUCCUUGUAGCUUAUGUUGUAUAGGCUUGUAAGAGGUUUAUUUAUAAUGCUGCUUAGUCUUGAAUGUGAUUUAGAGAUGUAGCGAGGGGGGGGGGGGUACAUAUGUCCCCAGGCGCCAACCUUAUGGGGCGCUUAAAUGGGUUGGAAAAAAAAUGUAAAGCUUGGGGGGGGGGGGGGGGGGGG